AUGCGCGUUCUUAUCACGUCAUUCCUCUUGCAGUGGGCUAUCCACGGAAGCUCUGCGCUAAGUACUCCAUAUGUAGGGAGUACUGGUGGCCGAAAAUGGGCUUUGAUGUGGAACGCCUCGGACACGGAUCCCAAAGUUGCAGCAUCUAUUGAUCUUGACCUCUGCUAUGCAAAUUAUGAUGGGGUGCUAGCUGCUGCACACGAUGGUGGAUAUUCGUCGACUUGUACUUGCGGUAGUACCAUUUAUAAUCUCACCUGUAACUGUGACUAUGGCAACGGGGGAAAAUCACCGAAUUAUGUCAAACUCUUCAAUCUCGAUCUUAAAACAGGGGACAUUACAUACUGGGAACCCUUCACAGCUGCCUCGGACGGUACGGCCCAGUGCUUUGGCUAUAAUAGUCAGAAGUUUUGA